CCGCUGCUCACUCACGCGCUCGCAUCCAGCCACCCGGCCAUGGAGCGGCUACCGCGCGCCCUGCUGCUCGGCGCAGCCGGACUGCUGCUCCUGCUCCUACCCCUCUCCUCUUCCUCCUCUUCGGAUGCCUGCGGCCCGUGCGUGCCGGCCUCGUGCCCCGCGCUGCCCCCGCUGGGCUGCCCGCUGGGAGAGACCCGCGAUGAGUGCGGCUGCUGCCCGGUGUGCGCUCGCGGCGAGGGCGAGCCGUGCGGGGGCGGCGCGGCCGGCAGGGGGCACUGCGCGCCGGGCAUGGAGUGCGUGAAGAGCCGCAAGAGGCGGAAGGGUAAAGCCGGGGCAGCAGCCGGCGGCCCAGCGGUCCUCGCCGUGUGCGUGUGCAAGAGCCGCUACCCGGUGUGCGGCAGCGACGGUACCACCUACCCCAGCGGCUGCCAGCUACGUGCCGCCAGCCUGCGUGCCGAAAGCCGCGGGGAGAAGGCCAUCACCCAGGUCAGCAAGGGCACCUGCGAGCAAGGUCCUUCCAUAGUGACACCCCCCAAGGACAUCUGGAAUAUCACUGGUGCUAAAGUAUACUUGAGCUGUGAAGUCAUCGGAAUCCCAACCCCUGUCCUCAUCUGGAACAAGGUAAAAAGGGACCACUCCGGAGUCCAAAGGACAGAACUCUUGCCUGGUGACCGGGAAAACCUGGCUAUUCAGACUCGAGGUGGUCCAGAAAAGCAUGAGGUGACUGGCUGGGUGCUGGUAUCUCCUCUAAGUAAGGAAGAUGCUGGAGAAUACGAAUGCCAUGCAUCCAACUCUCAAGGACAGGCUUCGGCAUCAGCCAAAAUCACAGUGGUUGAUGCCUUACAUGAAAUACCAGUGAAUAAAGGUCAAGGUGCUCAGCUAUAAACCUGCAAAAUACAUUAGCCUACGUACCUAAAAGUGCUUACAGACAACUGACAACUAUAACCCUGAUUCUUGCUUGAUGUUUCUUUUAGCCUAAUCCACUAACACUUUAUUACAUUCAGCUGGUUUUACAAAGAGAAAUCAAAGAAAACACAUCAAGACUAUCUACAAAAAUUUAUUGUUUAUUUACAAAAAAGCAUGCAUAGCUUUAAACAAAACAAAUAAAAUUCUUACCACAACAGUA